AUGAGCAAGUCUCCCCUUAACUGUGAAGGAAAUUGCCCAGUUGGAAGUUGGAACCAUCGUCGACACCUUUCAACUGGUCCCUCUUGUAUUUAUUUACGCCCUUCUCUUCCUCACCCACCUCCCGUUCCUCCUUGCUCAUCCUCUUCUUUCGCUUGCAGUCGUGGCUUCAAGCUUCAGGGACUCGUAGUUUUGCAAGAUGAGUUAUUACAAUCAGGCACCUCCAAACUAUGGGGCACAAUACCCUGCACCAGGGUACGGGUACCCUCCACAGCCGGGGUACCCUCCGCCACCGCCGGCAGGUUACCCUACGGGUGCCCCGCCACCGCAGUACCCGCAGCAGCCUCCACCUCCCCAGAAGAGCGGCCCUGGUUGUUUCGAAGGAGUUCUUGCGGCUCUUUGUUGCUGCUGUGUCCUGGAAGCUUGUUUCUAGUGAGGAAGGCCCUGGAUGGCCUACGGCACGACGCGUUUGGAGUUGAAGGCUUUCGUUUCUCCCAGUUUACUUUUUUUCCAGAUGUGGAAAUUAGAUGUAAUUGGCUCAUUUGUGGUACAAAUCAGAAAGAAGACAAGUCUUUUCUGUCGUUUAUGGGUGCUUCUAUCCUUGACAAAAUGUCACUGCAAUUUAUGUGCGUAUUAUGCAGCGUGAUGUAUUUGUGGAAUUUUCAAAUAUAUUCUUAUACGCCUAAUUGCAUAAAUAGAUGGACUGAAACUGUCCAACAAUGUUGGCAUAAAAAAACUGUGGAAAUUUAAUGUUUAGAAUAGAUG